AUGUCAACAACUCUGCAUCUGAAUAUUUAUCAUCUUCCUGCUUCAACCGAUUGCCCAGCAACAAUUUAUGUUCGAAAUGUAAAUCUAGACACAGAAUUUGAAAAAGUAUUUUUUGACAAUUCGGGAGAAGCCAACGAACAAGUUGUUCUCGAUCUUCCACUUCCAUCAUCUUCUCGAGAUCAUAAAAUUGAAAUUAAGCUCUCUCUUCAAGAAGUAAAUCUCGAAAAGAAAUAUACAUUUAAUUUGACAAGUGACGGUUCCUAUAUUUUACUCGAUGGGUCACAAGGUAUUCGUUUCAAACAACGAUUUGAUGAUAAUUUCGGAGCUGCCUACGCACUAACUAAACACUCAUCUUCUCAAAGUAGUAUUUCUGGAAAUAAGAAAAAUUUCAAAAAAUCAACUCAACAAGCAGGAUUUGAAUACCAUGUUGAAAGUGGAGAGAAAAAUUUCAACAAACUUGCUACAGAAGGCCAAGUAAGAAGUCUAAAAACAGAAGCUAAAAAGAAAGAUACAACGAUAGAGGAUUUAGAGAAAUUAGCUUCUCUGAGAGAUGCUGGAAUUUUAACAGAGGAUGAAUUUGUCAUCAAAAAGAGAAUGAUUCUUGGUAUUUGA